AUGGCGCGCGCGAAGCCGCCGAAGCCCCUCGACGCGCUCGCCGUCUUCACGCUCCUGCUCUCGCACUGCCUCGCGCUGCAGGUCGCGAAGGACGCGCAGCGAUUGGUGGAGUGGCGGUCCCUCUUCUCCGCGCUCCCGACGAUCCUGCUCGCGACCGCGAUAAUCCGCGCGAAUCGCUCGCCCUCCUCCACGGGCCGCCUCGCGGACCUGUCGCACGCCGGCGUCCUCGUCCUCCUCGUCAACGGCUCGCAGAGCAACCACGUCCUGCUCGAGCUCGCGACGUGCGUCGCCGUCGCGAUCGCGACGUGGGGGAAGGCGACGAGCUCCGGGGGGGCGGACGCGAACGCGCUCGCGGUCUCGUCGUCGCGUCGCGCCGCGGUGGAGGAUCGACUCGUCCGCUCCUGCAGAGCGAUCCUCUUCGCGCUCUAUCUCUCCACCGGCGUCGCGAAGCUGAACGACGCGUGGCACGACCCGAAGACGUCGUGCUGCGUCGGCAUGUUCGUCGCGGCCGCGUCUACGCUCGGCGUGAGCGCGAGCUUUUCAUCCCCCGCGGUCCUUCGCGCGAUGCCGUACGCGGCGACCGUGUUCGAGCUGUCGUUUCCGACGCUUCUCUGGGUCGCGUCCAGGUACCGCGACGACGCGUACGUCGUCCCUUGGCUCAAAGUGUCGUACACGCCGGUCGUGACGCGGCGUAAGCGCGCGAAGAUCAUCAUGCGAUGCCUGUGCGUCGCCGGCGCGGCGUUCCACGUCGUGAUCGCGCUCCCGCCGCCGCCGAUGUCCGCGUACCCGUUCAGGCGCGUUCUGUUGUACACUGGUUCCCGUACGACCGCGUCGGCGCGGUGA